AUGUGUCCCGGCCUUUCCCCCGACAUCCAACAGGUUGAUGAUACCAGGAAAACAGCUGUCAUCGACAGAGAGCUCUCUCGGCUAGGUGUAGACAUUGCAUGCUUGCAGGAGACGAGGCUUGCAGACAGUGGCACCCUCAGAAAAGAUAGCUACACCUGCUUCUGGAAAGGAAAACCCCCUGAAGAACCCCGCCAGCAUGGUGUCGGCUUUGCCAUAAGGAACACACUGAUGUCCUCCAUCGAGCCCCCUUCAGCAGGCACAGAGAGAAUUCUGACCCUCCGCCUGUCCACGUCUUCCGGCUCAGCCACCAUCAUCAGUGUGUACGCGCCCACGCUGUACUCUACCCCUGAGGAUAAGGACCAAGUGGGAGCUCACCAUGAGGCUUGGCUUUCCUGUCUCGGUGCCUACGGACGCGGGAAGAUAAAUGACAAUGGCCAGCGACUGCUAGAGCUGUGCUGCUACCACAGCCUUUGCGUCACCAACACCUUCUUCCCGUGCAAAGAAAUUCAUCAGGUCUCCUGGAGACAUCCUCGUUCACACCACUGGCACCAGCUUAACUUGGUAUUGACCAGACGCAAGAACCUUGCCAGCGUCCUCCUCACCCGUACCUACCACAGUGCUGACUGCGACACUGACCAUUCCCUCGUCGCCAGUAAGGUGCGCAUUACCCCGAGAAAGAUACACCACAGCAAGAAGAGCGGACGGCCAUGCGUCAACACCUGCAAUGCCAGAAACCCCCUUAAGAUGCAGGGCUUCCAAAACCUUCUCAACGUGACCCUAGCAAGGGAGAUGUCUGAAGACGACACCACAGACCCCAUCUGGUCCCACCUGCGGGACUCGAUCUACAGUGCAGCCAUCUCCGCUUACGGAAAGAAGGAACACAAAAAUGCUGACUGGUUUGAGGCUCACUGGGACAGGAUGGAGCCUGUGGUUGAGGCUAAGAGGAAGACCCUUCUGGCCUACAAGAAUGCUCCAAACCCCACCACGCUUACUGCACUCAGGGUUGCCAGGAAAACAUCCCAGCAGACAGCUCGUCACUGCGCAAACACCUACUGGUUGAAUCUCUGCAGUAGAAUACAGCUUGCUGCAGACGUAGGAGAUGCAAGAGGGAUGUACAAGGGCACCAAGAAGGCGACAGGUCCAGCGCCCAGUAAGUCCGCCCCCCUCAAGACCAAGACAGGCGACGUGAUCACCGACCAAGGCAAGCAGCUAGAACGAUGGGUUGAGCACUACCUGGAGCUGUAUGCCACGCAGAAUGUUGUCACUGAUGCUGCCCUUGCCGACACCCCCGACCUGCCUGUGAUGGAGGAGCUUGAUGCACUGCCCACAAAGGAGGAGCUCAGCAAAGCCAUCAGCAAUCUCUCAAGCGGAAAGGCCCCAGGGAUUGACAGCAUUCCAGCAGAGGUCCUAAAGAGUGGGAAACCUGCACUACUCAAGCCCCUGCACACCCUUCUCUGCAAAUGUUGGGAGAAAGGACACAUCCCUCUGGACAUGCGUGAUGCAAACAUCGUCACCCUGUACAAAAACAGACCCUCGCCUCCCGUGUCUACCCUGAGUCCCAGUGUGGCUUCUGUGCAGGCCGGUCAACAAUAG